CUCUGCUGUCAAACUUGACACGAAACUCUCAAUUCCACUCAAAUUGCACGUAUUUCGAAAAAAACGAGAAAAAUUAAUUGCGAUGUUAUUGGCGUCUUGCGGAACAGAUAUUAAAUUUCAUAAAUGGCCCUCAGGACAUUAUCACAGCUCGUUUCAAUUUCCGGAAUCUGGUUCUUAUAAACCGAGCCUCUCCUGGUGCUGCGAGGGUGAACUGUUAGCGACGACCGUGCCGUCGAUGGGGUGUCCGUUAAUUAUGCAUGUAGGGAAAACGAUACAAACGUACAUGGUGAUUGAAAUGGACGAAAUUCAAGCGCUAUCAUUUUCAAGAACAGUUCAAAAUUACAUCACUCUGGGCAAUGGCAAAGGAAAAAUCGCACUGUAUGACCUGCAACAGCAAGCAGUACUCCAACAGUUGCAUCCCUUACCCUCGGCGGUGAUGUUCUUAGAGUACGGCGCAAUGGACUCUUGUUUGGCGGCAGGUUGUACAAAUGGUCAGAUAUACCUGUAUAACUCUAACUACACUAUUUCAUCAACUUACUACGUGCCGGACAGUAACAAUCUUACGGCAAUGGCAUACCACCGGAAGCAAGCAAAUCUUUUGGCAGCAGCAGGAAGCGAUGGUAUUGUCGUUGUAUGGGACUCUAUCACUGGCAACGCUGAAAUCGUUGAUAAAUCUCACAUCAAUUCGAUUACGGAUUUAGCAUUUUCCCUUGGAGAUGAUAUGGUGACGGUCGGUCUAGACCAUAAGCUGAACGGUUAUGAUUUGAGAACGAAAUCUGUUAUAUUUUCUUGCAUCAGCGACACUGAACUGACCUCCGUGGGCUUCUUUCCUACAGGAGAUCAAAUUGCAGCCGCCUCAUCCGAUGGUAAAUUGUUCUGUUACGAUCGAAGAAAAAUUACCUACCCUUUUAAUACCAUCGUAACACACCACCCCAAGAAAGUAUCACGAAUCGCCUUCCAAACACAAUCGGAUUUGAUGGACGACUCUUCUGGCGCAGGGAGCGUUACUACUGUAUAUUACAACGGUCCAAGCAAACGUGAUGACCAUUCACCUAUUAUUGGUGAUGUUAUUAGACCACUCAAAAAGGGCGAUUCGUGUUUGUUUGCCGAGCAGUACUCCGGAACGAUAUCCCAAACGCCUGCAUCCGGUGAUUGUGGUCCUGUUAUGUGCGACAGUCACGAUAGUUGUAAUGUUCAGCCCGAACUACGUUUCCCCAAUACCAACGUACCCGUAAACGUAAAUAGACAAUCAGGAUGUACAAACUUACACCAGGAAAAUCCCGAAAACAUUCGACUUCUUGGCACCAGCUUCAAACGAAACAUGGUUUCCAGCUGGGUGAAACAAAUUCAAAAAUCUUCCUCGCAGGGGAACAUAGAUCACGCCAACGAUGUCGCGCAAAUGAAAAACGAACUCGUCGACUUUACGGCGGACACGUUCGAUCGACUAAACGACUUUAUUAAUAAACAAUUUUUCAAACUGCGAAUGGCAGUCAGUAAGGGCUUUAUACAGAUGGAACACAAAAUGAACGCCAAAUGGAAUGAAUUUAACUUGACCGAUUUGCAAUUUUUAGAUGAAGACGAUAUCGACCGAACUGAAUCCUCUUUUAAUUUCGAAGACGAGAAUGGAGAGGAAGAGCUUGAAGAUCGCAAUGGGGCUGAAUUGAAAUCCCGUAUUCCGGUCUUAAGCUUACCUAUGAAAUAAUUUCCAUUGCGUGUGUUGUCACUACAAUGUUUUACAGUAGGCAAAUUUCGUGAAAGUGCGGUACUUCUAUAACAAUAAAAAAAAUUGUAGUAUUUGUUUUGUUACUAUUCUAUCGGUGAUCUGUA